UGGUUUGGUUUCAGGAGCUCCUGGUUUUAUAUUCUCACAGUGUUUAGGGACAGUUUGAGGUUUUAUAUUCUGUGAAGUUUCCGUAGAUUCGGUUGAAAUGGGGAAGAAGAAGACGGGACUCGGCAGAGCGCUGAUUAAGGAGCGACUCCAGACGGGCCGAGGAAAGCCGAGAGGAGACACCUGGCUCCACACCAGUGAACUGAACGAUGGCUACGAUUGGGGUCGACUGAACCUGCAGUCGGUGACAGAACAAAGCUCCAUGGACGACUUUCUGGCCACCGCUGAACUGGCGGGAACAGAGUUUGUUGCAGAGAAGCUCAACAUCCAGUUUGUUCCGGCCGAAGCUCGAGCUGGUUUAUUAACCGCUGAGGAGAAAACCCGACUGAAGAAGCUGCACGAGGAGAACAAACACUUCCUCAGAAUUCCUCGACGGCCUCACUGGGAUGAAAGCACGAGUCCAGAGGAGCUGCAGCAGGCGGAGAAGGACAGCUUCUUGGAGUGGAGGCGAGAGCUGGCCCAAGUGGAGGAGGAACAGAAGUUGAUUCUGACCCCGUUUGAGAGGAACCUUGAGUUCUGGAGGCAGCUGUGGAGAGUCAUCGAGAGAAGUGACGUCGUCGUUCAAAUCGUCGACGCCAGAAACCCGCUGCUGUUCAGAUGUCUGGACCUGGAGUCGUACGUGAAGGAGGUUUCAGCCGAGAAGGUGAACAUGCUGCUGGUGAACAAGGCCGACCUUCUGACCAGAGAGCAGAGGAGAGCCUGGGCCAGACACUUCGAGAAGGACGGCAUCAGGACGGUGUUCUGGUCGGCUCUGGCUGAGGGCAGCAGGCUGGACGCCGAGGAGAAGGGCAUGGAGGUGGACGACCCGGAGCGUGAGGAGAGCGACGCAGAAGAAGGACCAGAUAACGAAGCAGGUGGAGAGGAGGAGGAGGAGGAGGAGGAAGAAGGAGCAGAGAGUGAUGAGGAGGAGGAGGAGGAGAAGGUGGAGGUGGAUGAGGAGGACUGGCACACCUGUUCUGAAGGCGAGGAGGAAGCUGAAGGCGGAGCUGCCGGUUCGUCCAGUCAGUCUUUCCACAACUCCAGCCGCCUGCUGCACAAGGACGAGCUGCUGGAGAUGUUUAAGGCAGUUCAUAGCGGAACCAGGACCAGAGAAGGACAGCUGACCGUCGGACUGGUCGGUUAUCCCAACGUGGGGAAGAGUUCCACCAUCAACACUAUUUUAAGGAACAAGAAGGUUUCGGUUUCAGCGACUCCUGGACACACAAAGCACUUUCAGACUCUGUACGUGGAGGCAGACCUGUGUCUCUGCGACUGUCCCGGUCUGGUCAUGCCUUCCUUCGUUUCUACCAAAGCUGAGAUGAUCUGCUCUGGGAUUCUGCCCAUCGACCAGAUGAGGGAUCACGUUCCUGCCGUCUCUCUCAUAUGUCAGACGAUCCCUCGGCACGUGUUGGAAGGAACGUACGGCAUCAACAUCAUCAGACCGCGAGAAGACGAAGACCCGGACAGACCUCCGACCUCGGAGGAGCUGCUGAUGGCGUACGGAUACAUGAGAGGCUUCAUGACGUCCCACGGUCAGCCAGACCAGUCCAGAUCUGCUCGCUACAUCCUGAAGGAUUACGUCAGCGGGAAGCUUCUGUACUGCCAUCCUCCUCCUCACAUCAGAGCUGAACACUUCCAGCCUCAGCACAACAAGUUCCAGAGCCGAGACUCGGACAGCAGCGAUCUCAGCGCAGAACACAGAACGCACAGCAAGCAGCACAACAUCAAGAGGAUUGAGAACGUAGUGGACAAGAACUUCUUCCACCAGGAGAACGUCCGGGCGCUGUCCAAGGGAGUGAAGGCUGUGAUGGGCUACAGACCCGGCAGCGGACCCGUCGGCAAACAGGAACCGGAGGUGAUGGCGGGAAAACCCUGGAAGAAACACGGCAACAGGAACAAGAAGGAGAAAGUUCGGCGAAUAACGAAACAUCUGGACGCCUGACGAUGGUCCAGAUGGGUCAGCCUGAAUGUUAAAGGACAGUUCUGUGAUUCCAAAGGAACUAAUGCUGGUAGAUGGAUGUCUGCUGACUAGAUCUGUCUGAUCAUGUUGGUGGGAAUCACUCAUCAUCUGGAUCAGCAGCUGGACUCUAAUCCAGGAGGGAGGACGUUUAUAAUAAAUGCAGGAAUUAAUUGUAUUACAGUCAAAGUACACACGAUUAAACCGUUAAACUGCCACAUGUUGAAUCAGUCCACACACCAAUGACUCAUGUUCCCAGACUGAACUGGGCUAUUGAAUAAAACUCAUGUUUUCUGGUU